GGAGAUAUCAAAGAUCUGGCUGAAGGGAGGCAUAAUAGUCUUCGAGUUUUGCCCCUCACUAUGGGGAAAGGCAGACUUCCUCACUCAAGUUUCAUGCUACUUCUCCUUGUCCUGUUUUCUACCAAUGGCUUAAACUCUGCAGAACUGCAGUAUAUGGUGCUGGUCCCCUCCCUGCUCCACACUGGGACCCCUGAGAAAGUCUGCCUCCUUCUGAGCCACUUGAAUGAGACAGUGACUCUAAGUGCUUCCUUGGAGUCUCUCAGGGAGAACAGGAGCCUCUUUGCUGACUUGGUGACAGAGAAGGACUUAUUCCGCUGUGUCCCCUUUACUCUCCCAAGGAUCUCAUCCUCUUCAGAGGUGGUUUUCUUCACUGUCCACAUAAAGGGACCAACACAAGACUUCAGGAAGAGAAAGAGAGUAUUGGUAAAGAAUGAUCAACAUCUGGUCUUUGUCCAAACAGACAAACCCAUCUAUAAACCAGGACAGACAGUAAAAUUUCGUAUUGUCUCUGUGGAUGAAAAUUUUCACCCCCUGAAUGAACUGAUUCCACUGGUGUAUGUUGAGAACCCCAAAAGGAGUCGAAUUGGACAAUGGGAGAAUCUCAAGUUAGAGAGUGGUCUCAAACAAUUAGCCUUUCCCCUCUCAUCAGAGCCAAUUCAAGGCUCCUACAAGGUGGUGGUAAAGAAGGGAUCGGGCGAAUUUAUACCGCACUUCUUCACCGUGGAGGAAUUUGUGGUUCCCAAGUUUGAGGUCAAAGUUCAAGUCCCAAAGAUAAUCAGUAUUUUGGAUGAAAAAGUGAAAAUAUCCGUAUGUGGAAUAUACACCUAUGGGAAACCUGUCCCAGGACUUGCAACUGUGCGUGUGUGCCGCAAUUUAUAUCAAUCUUUUAACUGUAAAAAAGAUUUCUGUGAAGAAUUCAGUCAACAGCUCAACAGCAAUGGUUGCAUCACCCAAGAAGUAAACACAAACUUGUUCCAUAUUAAAUCUGCGGGUUAUGAAAAGACACUUAACGUGGAAGCCAAGAUCAGAGAAGAGGGAACAGAACUAGAGUUCACUGGACAUGGGACCAGUACAAUCACAAACACUGUAACCAGACUCAAGUUUGUGAAAGUGGAUUCACACUUUAGAAGAGGAAUACCCUUCGUUGGACAGGUGCUUCUGGUGGAUGGAAAUAAUGUGCCCAUCUCCAAUAAACUCGUCUCCAUCUCCUCAAAUGUAGCCAAUUAUUUUUUCAAUGCAACCACUGAUGAACAGGGUCUUGUACAGUUUUCAAUCAAUACUACCAACAUACUGACGAGCCAAUUUUAUAUUACCGCCUACCAUGAGAAACCUGACAUGUGUAUUAGCUAUGCAUGGCUACGAGAAGAGCACAUCACAGCUUUUCACAUUGCACAUCAAGUUUAUUCUUUAAGUGGAAGCUAUGUUCAGGUGGAGCCUGUGGAUAGUACCCUGCCCUGUGGCCAAACACAGACUAUCAAGGCACACUACAUACUAAGAGGGUCAGCCAUUAGGGAACUGAAGGAGCUCACUUUCUAUUACCUGAUCAUGGCUAAGGGAGGCAUCAUCAGAUCAGGAACACACGUGCUGCCCGUAGAGCCAGCAGACGGCAGUUUUUCCUUGUCCUUCCCUGUGAAGUCAGACAUUGCUCCCAUUGCACGAUUGUUUAUCUUUACUGUUUUACCAAACGGAGAAGUUAUUGGAGAUUCAGAGCGUUUUGAGAUUGAAAACUGUCUAAACAACAAGGUGGAUUUGAGCUUCAGCCCAGCACAAAGCCUUCCCGCCUCACUCGCCCACCUGCGCGUCACCGCUUCCCCUCAGUCCCUCUGUGCCCUGCGCGCAGUGGACCAGAGCGUGCUGCUCAUGAAGCCAGAGGCAGAGCUGUCCCCGUCCUCGGUAUAUAAUCUGCUCACUACGAAGGACCUUACUUAUUUCCCUGAAAAUUUGGAAGAUCAGGAAGAAGGACCAGAACGCUGUGGUUCUCCUUAUAUCAUUGGUCAAGCAAUUUACACUGAAGAAGAUAUCUAUAGCUUUCUAAAGGGCAUGGGAUUAAAGGUGCUCACCAACUCUAGAGUGCAAAAACCACAGUCGUGUUCAGAGACUUACCACUUUGUAACAGCAAGAAAUCCAGGACAGCCUGUGUUAUAUAGAGGUUCAGCAGGUGUAGGGGGUCCAUAUAGUCCUCAACCUGCUGCAUAUGGUAUGACGCUUGAAAAUAGUAUUCAAAGUCCAGAGCCAGUCUCUGAAACAGUGCGGAGUUAUUUUCCUGAGACCUGGAUCUGGGAGUUGGCGGUGGUGGACUCAUCGGGUGUGGCUGAAGUGGGAGUAACAAUCCCUGAUACCAUCACUAAGUGGAAGGCAGUGGCCCUCUGCCUGUCCAAUGACACUGGACUUGGUCUCUCUCCUCCCGCCUCUCUCCGAGCCUUCCAGCCCUUCUUUGUGGAGCUCACAAUGCCCUACUCUGUGAUCCGUGGAGAGGCCUUCACACUCAAGGCCACUGUCCUCAACUACCUUCCCAAAUGCAUCCGGGUCAGAGUGCAACUGGAAGCUUCUACAGCCUUCCUAGCAGACCAAACCACAGAGGGAAAAGAGUCCUACUGCAUCUGUGUAAAUGAGCGGCAAACCGUGUCUUGGGCUGUAACUCCUAAAACUCUGGGGAAUGUGAACUUCUCAGUGAAUGCAGAGUCAGUGCAGUCCCCGGAAAUUUGUGGGAACGAGCUUGCUGAGGUUCCUGAGACAGGGAGGAAAGACACGGUCAUCAAGACCCUGUUGGUGGAACCUGAAGGUAUUGAGCAAGAAAAGACCUUCAACUCUUUGACCUGUGCUUCAGGUACUGAAAUAUCUGAGCAAUUAUCCCUGAAGCUCCCAGAAAAUGUUGUCAAAGAAUCUGCCAGAGCCUCUCUGUCAGUUUUGGGUGACAUACUAGGUUCUGCUCUGCAAAAUAUACACAAUCUGCUCCAGAUGCCCUAUGGCUGUGGAGAACAAAACAUGGUCCUUUUUGCCCCUAACAUCUAUGUGUUGAACUAUCUGAAUGAAACCCAACAGUUAACCUCGGAGAUCAAGUCUAAAGCCAUUGGCUAUCUCAACCGUGGUUACCAAAGACAGCUGAACUACAAACAUCAAGAUGGUUCCUAUAGCACCUUUGGGGAGAAACAUGCCAAGGAGCAGGGCAACACUUGGCUCACAGCUUUUGUACUGCAGACUUUUGCCCAGGCUCGAACUCACACCUUCAUUGAUGAAGGACAUAUUAUCGAAGCCCGCACCUGGCUGUCCCGAAAGCAGGAGGACAAUGGCUGUUUCAGAAGUAGUGGGUCGCUGCUCAACAAUGCCAUGAAGGGAGGAGUGGACGAUGAAGUGACCCUCUCUGUCUACAUCACCAUUGCUCUUCUGCAAAGUGCUCUUCCAGUCACUCAUCCUGUUGUGCAAAAGGCCCUGCUCUGUCUGGAGUCUGCCUGGAACACAGUGAAGGAGGGGACCGGAGGAAGCCACACUUACACCAAGGCGUUGUUGGCCUAUGCUUUUGCCCUCUUGGGAAACCAAGAUAGGAGAAGAGAAAUACUGAACUCUCUGGAUAAGGAAGCUGUGAAACAAGAUAACUCAGUCCACUGGGAGCGAUCUCAAAAACCCAGGGCAACAGAAGGUUAUUUUUACCAGCCCCGUGCACCCUCUGCUGAGGUGGAGAUGACGUCCUACGUGCUUCUUGCUUAUCUCACUGCCCAGCCUGGCCCAAGUUCAGAGGACCUGACUUCUGCAUCACACAUUGUGAAGUGGAUCACAAAGCAACAGAAUUCUUAUGGGGGCUUCUCCUCUACCCAGGACACAGUGGUGGCUCUCCACGCCCUGUCUAGAUAUGGAGCCGCCACUUUCACCAGGAGUCAGAAAACUGCUGAGGUGACCAUUCGUGAUUCACAGACGUUUUCUACUAAACUCCAAGUGGACAGCAACAACCUCCUGUUACUACAGCAGGUCUCCUUGCCAGAGGUGCCUGGGGAAUAUGUCAUAACAGUGACUGGAGAAAGAUGUGUGUAUCUUCAGACAUCCAUCAAAUAUAAUGUUCUUCCUGAGAAGGUGGACUCCCCAUUUGCUUUGGAGGUGCAGACUCUGCCCCAAACUUGUGAUGGACACGAAGGCCACACCAGCUUCCAGAUCUCACUGAAUGUCAGUUACAGAGGGAGCCGCUCUGUCUCCAAUAUGGUGAUUGUGGAUGUAAAGAUGGUAUCUGGUUUUAGUCCCUUGAAACCAACAGUAAAAAUGCUUGAAAGAUCUGCCCAUGUGAGCAGGACAGAAGUCAGCAAUAACCACGUCAUCAUUUAUGUGGAAAAGGUGACAGAUGAGACACUAAAUUUUUCCUUCACGGUUCUUCAAGACAUCCCAGUAAGAGACCUAAAGCCAGCAAUUGUUAAAGUCUAUGAUUACUAUGAGACAGAUGAGUCUGCUGUUGCUGAGUACAUUGCCCCCUGCACCACAGGUGCAGAACAAGGAAAUGUUUGAGGACCAUAUUUAGGCGGUUUCACUGUCCUGUGCUUCUGUUUAGAAGAAAUCAAGUUGUUCUUUUCUGUAAAGCAGACAUCAAAAUGGCUUAUUGAAUAAAUAUAUAUUUCUGGUCAAGCCAUUAUUUGUUCCAUCAUUUAUUCAUUAAACAUUAAUUGCAUGCUUACAUAAGAGUUAUGUUUUUUAAAUAAGGUAUAUAAAGAGUACAAAUUUGUAACAUAUCUGCUUGUAUUCCAGCUGUGAAUAUAACAUAUAAAGUCAAAUAGACAAUAACAGAAAAUAACGUAUGCUCUGAAAGACCUUAGGGAAAAAAUCAUUCAAUAGUCUAGGAAGCUGGGGAGAAAUGUGCUGACUAGAAACUAGGGAGGCAACUUCCGGCCAAGAUGGAGGCAUAGGUAGACACACUGUGCCUCCUCGCACAACCAAAAUAAGGACAGCAAAAAAUUAGAAACAAAAUAACAACCAGAACUAACAGAAAAUCAAACUGUAUAGAAGUUGGACAGCCAAGGAGCUGGAAUAGACACUUUCAUCCAGACCAGUAGGCAGGGCAGAGUCAGGCGGCUGAGGGAGAGGGGUGGUAGCACAGGAAGCAGUGACACCGGGCAGGCACACAAGGCACCCCAGGUCUGCAAGUGGCGGCUGGCAGACCCUGGGCACAGGGUGGCAAUGGCCAAACUCAGCAAGGCGGCGAUUGUGAAGCAGGGAACCAUGCACAGGGCGGCUGGCUGACUGGGCGGCAGUCCCACAAUUGUGCGAAGAUAACUGGGGAGCGAGACAAAUCGUGCAACCCAGGGUCCCAGCACCCUGGGUUGUAAAGCCUCAAAACACCAAUUGAAAACACCUGUGGGGGUUCAGGUGCAGGGAGAGACUUCCAGCCUCACAGGAGAGUUCAUUGGAGAGACCCACAGGGUCCUAGAACAUAAGCAAGCCCACCCACAUGGGAAUCAGCACCAGAAGUGCCCAGUUUGCUUGGGGGAAGUGGCAGAAGGGACUGAAGUCCAACAGAGAGCAGAGCAAGCUCUAUUGUACCCUCGCAGACCCCACCCCCACAUACAGCAUCACAACCCAGUGAUGUGGGUUGCCCUGCCCUGGUGAACACCUAAGGCUGUGCCCCUCAUACAUAACGGAUGGGACAAGACAAAAAAAAUGGCCCAAACAGAAGAACAGAUCAAAGCUCCAUAGCAAAUACAACUAAGUGAUGAACAGAUAGCCAACCUAUCAGAUGCACAGUUCAAAACACUGGGGAUCAGGAUGCUCACAGAAUUGGUUGAAUUUGGUCACAAAUUAGAUGAAAAACUGAAGGUUACACUAAGUGAAAUGAAGGAAAAUUCACAGGGAACCAAUACUGAUGGGAAGAAAGCUGAGACUUAAAUCAAUGGAGUAGACCAGAAGGAACAAAGAAACAACCAAACAGAAAAGAAUGAAGAAACAAAAAUUCAAAAAAAAAAAAAAACGAGAAGAAG